AUGAAAUUAGCGGGUAUUGAAAAACGUAAAGCGACUCUUAAAGAAAAUGAAGAUGGACGAAAAAAACGACGAGAACUGGAAACCUUAAAAUUAACCGAAAGAAUUCGACUGUAUAGUUCAUCUAGUUCUGAAGAUCAAGAUACACUUUUAGAGGAAGUUUUAAGUGAAACUCCUGGUUGCUCAUUACCAAUGCCUAGUUCUUCAAAACCAAUCCGGGCUAAAAAAAGUAGUGAAUAA